AUGAAUACAAAUUCUGCCUCUGGUGUUAUGGACGAAAAAUGGCUGGAUAGGAUAGGUGUAGAGCUUGAACACCCAGGCAUGUUGAUAGUGCAGAGAUUAAGCAUUGGAUGCACUUUGACGAAAUUAAAGUUGGAAUUCGAAGCAUUGCUUCAGGCUGCAGAAAAUCGUGGUUCAGACCUAAUAGAAUCUUCACUCCAGCACACUACGCCACUGCAAAAGCACGUACAAAGUACAUCCAAACAAUUGCAGUCGGUUAGCACACGACUUUCGACAACAGCAAGCCAGAUUAAAGGUGUUACUGGUAAACUUGAAAAAUUGGAACGUACAAUUUCAAGAUUAUUGGAUACAAAAAGGAAGUUAAGUGCUGUGAAAAGUGUAAUCUCAUCAAUAUUAUUUACAACGCGCCAUUUCAUUGAUAUUUGCAGUGAACUUAAGGAUCAGAUAGAAGAUAAUGACAGCGAUAAGUAUCAUAAUAAUACUUUAUCACCAUACUCAUAUAUAUAUACUACCCCCUAUUAUAUAAAUGAUGCAAAUUCCCUAAAUUUGGCGGGUUCAAGAACAAAUGUGAACUCUGGGAAAACAUUCAAUUUGUCAAAUGUGGAAUAUUUGAGGGUCAUUGCAAUUGAAAUAGGCAAGAGUAGGCAAAGUAUUCAGGAAUUGAAGAAUGUUAACGACAAUUUGCAAGAAAUUUUAUUACCAAAUACUAGUACUGCCACAAUCGUGGUAGCUGAUGAUGAUAUAAUUACUACUGCGAUAGGUCAAUUGUGUGAAUCAUUAAACAACUUGGAACAGUUUUCAGAUUGGUCAAUAAAAAUUAUGUUAGAAAUGGUACAAAAAUCAUUAAAAUCAAAAAUAAUAAGAGUUGAUAAUUUUGGUAAGAACAAUGUUACAGAUUCCAAUGAUUUAAACAAUUUCUUGAAUUUGUUAAAGUGCUACUACGCAUUAUCGCCAAAAAAAUCAAUGCCCACCUUCCUUACUUUAUUUCAUGAUAUUAUUGAAAAGUGUUUAGGAAGUACAGCAGCUUUAGAUGCUGGACCGGAGGAGCAAUUUAACGAAUUCCAAAAAUUUGCCGAAAAUAUACUUUUAGAAUUAAAUGGCGGAUCGGUUAAUAAAUUUUUGGAUAAAUUGGCCACUUAUGAAGGCUCAGAAGUCAUGGUUUGCGAUUUGGCUUCGAUAUUGGGUAAUCAAAUAUUCAGCACAAUUGAACGGCACUUUCGGUACAUAUUUGCCCCUGUAUAUAAGGAACCAUUCUUAAAGGCUGUUGGAACUAUUGUAAAGUUACUAGAUUCAGUAGAGGCACUAGCUGGCCCUUCAUCAAUUGCAAUCUGGAGGGGCACCGAUAUCCCUAAAUCAGUUGCAAAUGCCCUUUGCAUAUCGCCACUUUUACAAUCUCUGACAAAUAGCAUAAUUGAGAGGAUGCAUAACCAAACACUACACGACAGCAUAUCACCGCAGGAUAUUGUGGAUGUUUUAAAUGAUCAUGAAAUGAAACUAUAUUUAAGUACCUCUGACGAGUUGAUUAGGGGAUGCAUGCAGAUAACAGAAACACUCCGGUUUUUCGAAUAUUACCCAUUGAUGGCACGAGUAAUUUCAGACUUGAUCCAACUAUAUACGAGCCAUUUGCGUUCGUUUGUUUUCUGGGAGAGAGAGAUGAAGGAGUGCCAGGUUGACGGUGAUGAAACAUGGCCUCAGGGCAUAACUCCUUCUCACGCAGUAUAUCUUCUGUCAGAUUUGAAGGAAUUGACUCAUUUAUUUGCUAAAAAUGGCAAAAUAUCUAAUGCCCUACUCUCUCACAUUGAAUAUCCAAAGUCCGUACUACAGAAGAUUAAACAAAUGAGCACAGAUGCCAAGUCCCAAGAGACAACAAUUCCUAUUAGCGAGUUUGUCGAUCAGCUUACUUCAAUUUCAUAUUCUUUCCUUGAAGAGGCUGUUUCUACCCUGGAUAAAGUAUCUACUGAAUUAGUGGAAUAUGUAUCAGAUGAAAUCUUCCAGAAUUGUAGCGUCACUUUUCAGUUCAUAAAAACGCUGCCUUCCCAAUUUAGAUUAGCAAACUGCAUCAAACCAACCGCACCUAGUUCUUUCGUUUCAUUCAUCAUGGUACCACUCAGUUCAUUCGUCGACUUUGCCAUAUCCAUCAACAAAGAAGUUCUCGAGAUAAUUUUGGACAUAACAAUUAAAAAAGUGGCCAAGGAUUACGACAGGGAAUUGGAUGAUAUUGUAGAGGCUGCAUUGCGCCAAAACGAAAGUUUGAAAUUUAAGUUUAAAUCAGAGAUGACUAUUACUACAAACAUUGAUUUGCUUAAGACACAAAUUUCAUUGGAUGUACGUGAAUUUGUUAAGUUGGUUGGGAAUAUUUAUCAGAAUGGGGAUAAUUUUGCUUCAUUUUCUGAGAGUUUGGAGUGUCUAAACAAAUGGAUUAUCAAUGAUGAUAAUGAAUAA